AUGCCUAGCCCCAGCAACAACAGCCCAGGGUCUACACCCCUCAACCGCAACCCCUACGGCCACGGAACCCAAGUCAGCGACUUCCUCAGCAAUGUCUCGCGCUUCAAGAUCAUCGAGAGCACCCUCCGCGAAGGCGAGCAGUUCGCCAACGCCUUCUUCGACACGCAGAAGAAGAUCCAGAUCGCCACGGCCCUGGAUGAGUUUGGGGUCGACUAUAUUGAGCUCACGAACCCUUGCGCGUCGGAGCAGUCACGGCUUGAUUGUGAGGCGAUUUGUAGGUUGGGUUUGAAGGCAAAGGUCCUUGCGCAUAUUCGAUGCCAUAUGGAUGAUGCACGGGUUGCGGUUGCUACUGGUGUUGAUGGCGUGAAUGUAAUGAUCGGGACGUCAUCUCUCAUGCGCCAGCACUCGCACGGAAAAGACAUGGAAUAUAUCAAAAGAACCGCCGUCGAGGUAAUAUCGUACCUCAAGACGCAAGGAGUCGAAGUCCGCUUCUCAACAGAAGACUCCUUCCGAUCUGACCUGGUUGAUCUGCUAUCCAUAUACGCCGCCGUCGAUCAAGCAGGCGUACACCGAGUCGGAGUCGCAGAUACAAUUGGCUGUGCGUCGCCGAGACAGGUGUACGAGCUUAUCCGUGUUCUCCGCGGGGUGGUUAGCUGUGACAUCGAGACGCAUUUCCACGACGACGCCGGGUGUGCGAUUGCGAAUGCGUACUGCGCGCUGGAAGCCGGUGCGACCCAUAUCGAUACCUCUGUGUUGGGGAUUGGGGAGCGGAAUGGGAUUACGCCGUUGGGGGGGUUGAUGGCGAGGAUGGUGGGCACGCAUCCAGAGUAUGUCAAGGAGAAGUAUAGACUUGAUCGGAUUAAGGAGAUAGAGGACCUGGUUGCAGAGGCGGUGCAGGUUAAUAUCCCGUUUAAUAACCCUAUUACAGGGUUUUGUGCGUUUACGCAUAAGGCUGGCAUCCACGCAAAAGCUAUCCUCAACGACCCGAGUACGUACGAAAUUAUCAACCCGGCAGACUUCGGCAUGGCGCGGUAUGUGCACUUUGCGUCGCGGCUGACAGGCUGGAAUGCCAUCCGAUCGCGCGCGCAGCAGCUCAACAUCAGCAUGACCGAUGAGCAGUGCAAGGAGUGCACAGCAAAGAUCAAGGCGCUGGCUGAUAUUCGGCCCCUUGCGAUUGACGAUGCUGAUAGUAUUAUCCGCGCGUAUUAUCGAAAUAUUCAGUCGGGAGAGACACCUUGA